AUGACGACAACGGUCCAGGUCGACCAACCGAUCCGUCUCUCGGCCCGGCACACCGGGACCGAAAGGUCCGGACCCUCCGCCCUCGAAACCCCCUCCACCACCACCCCUCCGGCGACACUGCCACCCAUAUCUCGCAAAAAGCAAGCCGCCGUCCUUCUCUCCGCUUUCACCACCAUAGCCCUGACCAUCGGCUACAACCAAUGCUACGGCGUGUUUCAAGAGUACUACCUCUCUCCUCGCCAGGACGUUCUCGUCCCCUCGCCAGCUCUACAGCCCACGUCCCCACUACCAACAGCCCUGCUCGCCUUUGUCGGCACGCUAUGCUACGGACUCACCUGGGCCGGCGGGAUCCUAGUGAACCCCGUCAUUGCGCGCAUCGAGCAUGGCAUCUGGGCGCCGACGACGCCGUCGAGCCGGCUCUGGCGUCGGAGGGUGUUGAGGUCGUUGACGACGAGGACGAUUACGGUGUCGGGGGUGUUGGUGGCUUCGUUGGGGUUCUUGCUGGCGUCGUUUAGUCGAUCGAUCUGGCAGCUGUUGUUGACGCAGGGGUUUUUGGUGGGUUCGGGCAUGUCGUUGUUGUAUUUUCCGCUGCUGGCGCCGGCGCCGGAGUAUUUUACGAAUCAUCGGGCUACGGCUAUGGGUUUUAUCCUUGCUGGAGGUGGUGCUGGUGGCCUCAUUCUCUCACCCGUCAUCCGGGCACUGCUUAGUUCCGUCGGCGGUCGUUGGACCCUCCGGAUCUACGCCAUCUUUAGUCUGGCUGCCGGCCUCCCCGUCGCCUGGGCCGUCCCACGCAGCCGUUUCGCCACGGGGGCCAGCGAAAACCAACCCAAAUCCGGCCGCCCCAACACGCACGUCUCCCGCGCCCUAGCCUCUCGCCCAACCUUCCUCCUCUCCGCAGUCGCCGCCUUCCUCCAAGCGGCCGGCGCCCAGCUCCCCCUAUCCUUCAUCCCCUCCUACACCGUCACCCUCGGCAUGAGCGCCUCCACCGGCGCCAACCUCCUCGCAGCCAGCAGCGCCGUCAACGCCGCGUCGCGCAUCCUCACGGGCUAUGCCGGUGACCGGUUAGGUCGGCAGAACACGCUCGUGUUGACCCUGCUGUUGGCGGCGUGUAGCGUGUUUGCGCUGUGGCUGUCGAGUGCGGCUGCGGCGUCGAGUUCGCUUUGGUUGGCGUUUAUUGCGCUGUAUAGUUUCUCCGCGGGCGGGUACUAUGCGUUGUUCCCUGCGUUGGUGGCGGAUGUGUUUGGGAUAAGGCAGUAUGCGGCUGUCAAUGCGUUUAUCCUGUUUGUGAGGGGACUGGGCACGAUGUUUGGGAGCCCCGUGGGAGGGCAGUUGUUGGGUGAUUCGCAGGAGGGUGCGCGGGCGUAUGCCAGCAUUGCGUACUGGGAUGGGGCGCUGUUGAUGUGCGCGACCGUGUGCUGUGUUGGGGUGAGAUGGGCUGAUGCGAAGGGCAAAGGGUGGAAGUGGAUUGCUUGA